CCGCGACGGCAACCUGCUGUGUGCGACCAUGAUCCGCUUCAUUCUGGUUCAGAAUCGGCAAGGGAAGACCAGGCUAUCGAAGUGGUAUGUUCCAUAUGAUGACAACGAGAAGGUCCGAUUACGAGGAGAAGUUCACAGAUUAGUCGCCCCUCGAGAUCAGAAAUACCAAUCUAACUUCGUAGAGUUUCAAAACUACAAGAUUGUCUAUCGCCGAUACGCUGGCCUCUUCUUCUGCGUCUGCGUGGACGGGAACGACAACGAGUUGGCGUAUCUGGAGGCGAUACACUUGUUUGUCGAGAUACUCGAUUCCUUCUUCGACAACGUAUGCGAACUCGACCUCGUAUUCAACUUCUAUAAGGUGUAUGCCAUUUUGGACGAGAUCUUCCUCGCAGGAGAAGUCGAGGAGACGAGCAAGGACGUCGUGCUUCAACGGCUCGAGGAGCUCGAGAGACUGGAGUAGAGACGAUCUGCGCCUCGACCUGUACGACGAACCCAGACACUGUACAUCUAGAUCCGAUAUCCC